GAGCUGGACAGAUAAGUAACGCUUGAGAGGGGAACCAUUUGGAAGGCAAACAAAGAAGCAGGGAGGGGGAGAGAACACACUGCUCGGCGCAGAGAGAGGAAGGAGGAGCGACACAGACCGAAGCUCGCCGCUUUCAGUCGGAAAAGCAGCUUCUCCGCAUUUGGACGCUCCAACUUUGUGUCCGUGACAGAAGGAGGGGGAGAAAAUGCUGUCCUGGAGGAGGCAGAAGUUUGUCCUGGUGGAGGACGAGAACAAGAUGAAGUCCAAGAACCUGGGAGGAGGACUGAACUACCAGUCCAUCGUGUCCUCUCUGCUGCGCUCCUGUCCCGAUCUGCUGCCCGACUGUUCCUUGGACUGGGUGGGCAGCAUCUUCCACACCAAGCGGCAGAAGGUGGAGCUGAACAGAGAGGAGCCCGUUUACAACGUGCGCUACCUGGGGAGCGUGGUCACCAUCACGGCCAAGGGCCAGGGCUGCACCCGGGAUGCGGUGGAGCAAAUCUGGACCAAGAGCAACUUCGGGGACCAAAGCGUCAAGAUGAGACUGGGGGUGGGCCCGCAUGGCAUACGCAUGAGCGCCGACAAAUCCGGGAAGAAAAGUCCCGUCCAUCUCUACCCUCUGAGCCGGAUCACCUACUGCGCCGCGGACCCGUACCGGCCCAAGAUCCUGGCCUGGGUCUACCGCCACCAAGUCAAGAACAUGGCCGUCGUCCUUCGAUGUCACGCUGUCCUAGUGAGCAAGGCGGAGAAGGCCGGCGCCAUCGCGCAGAGCCUCCACAAGCACGCCACCUCCGCCUUUCUGGAGUUCAAGCGUCUGAAGCGUCAGAGCGACUUCCGCCACUGUCGGCAGCAGCGGCUGGGCGAGGAGGCGGUGCCCCUGGCGCCCCUCCGCAGGCUGCUCAACGGCCAGUGCCACUACAGACCCCCCGCCGACACGCCGGGCAGCGCCGCCCGGCUCCACUCCAUCACGGAGGAGGAGGAGGACGACGUUGAGCAGGAGGCGGCGGCGGCACGGGAUGCCGAGCGGGAGGCGGGGCCGCAGAGAAAGGUUUUGACCACCAACACGGACCCGACUAAGCUGUUGUCCCAGUUGGACCUCGGAGACAUCGCAGGACUGGAGCAGUGGCAGAUCAACUUUGUCAGCGACGGCAACAACAACAACACCGUCACCUUUAUAACCUCGCUGGUGUGACGGGGGGGACUGACGCUUCACUGACGACCACGCCGUCACCGCCGGCGUCUCCUCUGAGGGCGCACGACCGGGCGGUUCUUGUGCGCCAGAUGGACCGUGGCGAGUCCGGAAUGUUUACAAGGCCGAUGCACACGAGCACAACCACCAGCGACGCUUUUAAGCCACGGGACAUUUUCUGUGUACGUUUUUCCUGCCGUGACAAUCCUCGCUGAUAGAGACAUAUCGUGUCGAUGUUACAGUGAUAUCGUGUCGAUGUCACGGUGAUAUCGUGCUGAUGUGACAGUGAUAUCGUGCUGAUGUGACAGUGAUAUCGUGUCCAUGUUACGGUGAUAUCAUGUCGAUGUCACUGUGAUAUUAUGUUGAUGUUACAGUGAUAUCGUGCCGAUGUUGUUGAGAUGACCCAAGUUUAGGACGGCGAGGGAGGCGAGGGACGAGGAUGCAAGCCAUGGAGGGGAAGUUGCUGAUUACUGCCGUUUGUUGUCUUCCUCAUCAUUCAUGGCCGACAUGGCAGGCGUAACCUUUCACGUAGACCCCAAGUGUCAAACCCGCUUUCACCGAGGGCCUCGUCGCAUUCUUGCUUCAGGCCGCUUGAAUCAUUUAUUGCAGUCCCCUGGGAAUUUGAUUACAUACAAUGUAAUUUGUUUACAUAUAAUGUAAAAAAAAUAUAUAUAUAUUUUACGGUAAAACCUGGCAGCCCAGUCGCAGGAAUUUUACCAUAAAAAUCAGUGUUUUUUUACAGCAUAUUAAUUAGGGUUCCGAACCGCGAUUCUAAUUCAUCACGAUUCUGAAUCGAUUCAUAAUUUACCCAAAAAUGUAUUUAAUAAUAAAACAUUUUCUUGUCACAAUAGUUACAACAUAAAUAUUAGGGGUGCGCAAAAAAAAAAAAAAAUCAAUUCACAUCCGAAUCGUGAUUCUUAUUCAUCCUGAUACUGAAUUUUCCUAAAUAUUUAUUUAUAAAUAAUAAUAAUAAUAAUAUAUAUUUUUUUUAUUUUUUUCACAAAAUUACAGCAUAAAUAUUAGGGGUGCGCCACAAAAAAAGAUUUACAUCCAAAUCGUGAUUCUUAUUUAACUUGAUUCUAAAUCAAUUCAUAAUUUUCAAAAAUCUAUUGAAAAAAAUAUAUUAAUAACAUUUUUUUUUCUGCCUCAGUAGUUACAGCAUAAAAGUUAAAGGUUCGCCAAAAAAAAAAAUCGAUAUACAUCCGAAUCGUGAUUUUUAUUUAAUGCGAUUCUAAAUCUAUUCAUUAUCUUCAAAAAAAUUGAUUUAACAUUUUUUUAUUUAAUAAUAAUAUUUUUUUCGUCUUUGUAUUACAGUAUAAAUAUUAGGGGCGCGGAAAGAAAAAAAGGACUUAUAUCCGAAUCGUGAUUAUUAUUUAAUCCGAUUCUAAAUCAAUUCACAAUUUUAAAAAAAUCGAUUUAAAAAAUAUAUAUAAAUAAAAAAAAUUUUCGUCUCAGUAGUUACAUCAUAAAAGUUAAGGGUGCGCCAAAAAAAAAAAAAAUCGAUUUACAUCGGAAUCGUGAUUUUCAUUUAACCCGAUUUUAAAUUGAUUUAUAGAUUGUUUUUUUUAAUUCAGAAAAAUAUUUGAUACAGCAUACAUAUUAAGAGUGCACAAAAAAACAGAUUUACAUCAAAAAAUAUUUUUAUUUGUUUUUUCUUUUGUACAUUUUUAAAAUACAUUUUUAAAAAGCAUCUCAAUGCAACCAGAAUGACUUUUUGAAAACGUUUCAUUAUAAUUAAUAUACCAAAUAAUACAUUGGGAGAAUCAUGUUGAAUUAGGAACUGAUUCUGAAUCGAAUCGACUCCCCAGGAAUCGGAAUAUGAUCAAAUCAGAUUGUUAGGUGCCCAAAGAUUCCCACCCCUAAUAUUAAUGUAAAUGGAAAAACAUUACUGCCGUUUAUUUAUGGUAAAAAACUGUUCGGAACUUUGUUGUCAUUGCACCUAAAAAGUACAAGGAAAUGACAUUCUCACUACAAAGAACAGACAUGCACUUAAAAGGUUUUACUGUAAAGUUUAGUGUUUUUUUGUCGUUACUGUAAAUAGAAAACUGCUUUUUUGCGGUAAAAUUCUGGCAACGAAGCGGACAAUUUUUUUUUACUGUAAAUGGUAAAAUUAUACGUUUUUUUUGUUUUUUUUUACAGUAAAAAAGUUGAAAGGAUUUUAUUGUAAUUCUAUCCCUAAUAAAUAAGUUUAUAAAAAAAAAAUUCAAAAAAAUCAAAGCAAAUAUAUUUUUAAUAUAAACUAUCCAUGUGUUGUGUUGCACGUCUCCUCUGACAAUUUGACAACAAAUGAGAUCUUUUCCUGUUCAUACUGUAUAAAUAGACAUAGUGUUCCGUACAAAAUGAAUAUUUAUUUUCCAAACAUGUUGAAUAAAAAAGCAACUUGUCUAUGACUCCUCGGUGGUUCUCUGGAGGAGGGGGGAAGGGGUUCUUCAAAUGAAACUCAGCAUUUGCAUGUUUCAG